UGGUGCUAGUCAGUGCAAGGGACACGGCGCUGCCCGGCUCCCCUGCCCCCCCGCGUGCAGGGUGACCCCACGUCCCGAUAUUCGGGGCUUUGUCUCACACAGGCGCCUAUUGCCCCCCCCCGCCCCCGCCCCCGCCCCAUGGCCUGGGGGCUGCUCCUGGCGCUCUGCGGGGCGCUCCUGGCUCCGGCCGCGGCGGGUGGGUACCACAGCCUGGCCGUGCUAGUCACAGCCGUCACCCAGGAAGAUGGGACCUAUCACUUCAUCAUGAUCGCCCGGCUGGAUGAUGUUAAGAUCGCGUACUACAGCAGUGACGUGCGAGAGGUCAGAGCCACCCAGACGUGGGCAGAGCAGGCCGUGGGUGCUGAGUAUCUCCAGGAAAAGACCCGGGAUUUCUGGGUGUAUGAGGAGGGCGCUAAAGGCGAUACCAGGAGGUGGAUGCAGCUGCACAACCAGACGGGCGGGGUUCACACCGAGCAGGUUCACGUGGGCUGUGCGCUGAGUGACCAGGCCCCCAUGGACCCGAGGUUCCAGUUCGCCUACGACGGGGGGGACUUUAUCUGCUUUGACAACCGGACGGGGACGUGGGUUGCGGCCGUGCAGCCGGCCUUCAUUCAGAAGCAGCUGUGGGAGACGCAUAAGUUCUGGACUCAGUACGUCCAGAGGUACCUGCAGUCCGAGUGCCUGGAGACCCUGCGGAGCCUGGUGCAGCAUGGAAGAGCGGUCCUGGAGCAGCAGGCACCUCCCAUGGUCUCAGUUUCCCGCAGAGACGACCCAGACAGCUCUGUCACCCUCUCCUGCCACGCCAGGGGCUUUUACCCGCGUCCCAUCCACGUCUCCUGGGUAUGGGAUGGAGAAGACAUCCUGGCGGAGAAGUACUCGAGCGGGAUUCUGCCCAACGACAUUCACUCAUACUACAUGCAGUCAUUCCUGGAAAUCUCCCCACAGCAGGAGGACGGGCACCGCUAUGCCUGUCGAGUGGAGCACAGCAGCCUUCCGGAGCCCGUGCUUGUCUGGGAUAAGGGGGGGGAGGGUUAAUAGCAGGACCCAGGG